UAUAGGCAUUGGGCGGUUUAUAACCUGCGGCCUGUGUGUCUCAACGGCCAUGGCUUCCUUUAGGAGCUUGGACGAAUAUACCGUUACUCAUCUUCUUCAACUCUGUGCAAAACCCAUCAGCAACCAGGCACAGUUUCCAAAGCAAGCUGUUCUUCCAUUACCCAUUUCGAGAAGGUCCGCGAUCCUGAUUUCCUCGCUGCCUUUCGGCCUCCUCGUUUCACACUCUCCACCUUCUGAGGCCAGAGAGCGCCGCAACAAGAAGACCAUCCCUCUUGAGGACUACCUCACUAGCCCUGAGGGAUUAAAGUACUAUGAUGUGGUUGAGGGGAAGGGUCCAAUAGCUGAAAAGGGAUCAACAGUUCAGGUACACUUUGACUGCAUGUACCGUGGGAUUACAGCUGUGUCAAGUAGAGAAUCGAAACUCUUAGCUGGAAACCGUAUUAUUUCCCAGCCAUAUGAAUUCAAAGUUGGAGCUCCUCCAGGCAAAGAAAGGAAGCGUGAAUUUGCAGACAACCCAAAUGGUCUAUUUUCUGCGCAGGCUGCUCCAAAACCACCACUGGCUAUGUACUUGAUAACUGAGGGAAUGAAAGUAGGGGGAAAGCGAACUGUGAUUGUUCCUCCAGAGACUGGGUAUGGACAAAAGGGGAUGAACGAGAUCCCACCUGGAGCCACAUUUGAACUAAAUGUUGAGCUUUUGCAAGUAUUACAGCCUGAAGGAAAGUGAGCUGAUUUUGUGUAUGUAAAGAUUAUGUGCUGCUGUGUCCACAACCCUGCAACUGCACUCUCCAUCGGUGGGUUGGUAAUCUCUUUGAUCUCCAACCCCAUAAAUCAUGUAUCCAUGCUAUUUUGAACACAAACUCCUCACUUGUCUUAGAAGUGUCAAUUUGUUAUAAAGCCAUUGAUACGGAUGCAAUGUCGCCAACAAUGGUAUCCUUCUAGGGGGCUUGGGGGUAGGGGGAUGGGGACUUUACAUUUAUAGCUUCAGAAAAGAGGAUGAACUACCUAGCAACUUAAAUUUGCCUUUGCAAUAUACACGGUCAUUUUUGGCACAGGGAAAAAUGUGUGGAGCAG